AUGGUUUUAGGGUAUAUUCAUAUUCGUAAAGGUUUGAGUAAAGUUGGGAUGUUGGGUUUAGUCCAACCGUUUGGGGAUGCAAUUAAGUUAUUUACUAAAGAGCAGACUUUGCCUUUGAUAUCAAAUUUUAAUUUGUAUUAUUUUUCUCCUGUUAUAUUUUUUUAUGUUUGUUUUGUGGAUUUGCGUACCUUUUUUUCUGUAAAUUUAAGAUUUAAUUUACCAAUAUUAUUUUUUUUUGAGAAUUUCGAGGUUAGGUGUUUGCACUGUAAUAUUAGCAGGUUGUGCUUCUAA